AUGACGAGCCCAACAGCUGUACCGGCGGAUAGGCCGGAGCAUGAGAAGGACGCUGAAAGAAACAGUUCGCAAGUGGCUCGGGAGGCCUUAGGCGCAAGUGAAAAGUCGCCAGCUGCCCCCAUCCAUGAGCCUUCCGUCCAUGCCUCCCCCGAGCAGAUGCAGAUCGACUCACACGCGACCGAAUCGCCCUCGGACCCAUACGGAUCAAACGAUCAUCACCACAACUCAUUAAUGCAUGCCUCGACGGUCGCGAGCCCUGGUCCCAUCGAGGAAACCACUUCUCAGGAUGGUGAUCGACGGUCGCGCGGUAACUCCGAGAUCGACCACGAUGGCAAAUCAUUCUCAUACCCAAUGCCCUCCGGCAAUAUUAAUGAUCCGCGUCGCGGACUAAGCCUACCAACUGCAGGUUACAAUCGAGGUAGCCCUCGCUCUCCAUCGGCGAAGAAACACCGUUGCCCCUAUUGCGCGACAGAAUUCACCCGGCAACAUAAUCUCAAGAGCCAUCUGCUCACUCACAGUCAGGAGAAGCCUUUCGUUUGCCAAACCUGCCAAUCACGUUUCCGAAGACUGCAUGAUUUGAAGCGUCACACAAAGCUGCACACGGGCGAGCGACCGCAUAUCUGUCCGAAAUGUGGACGUCGUUUUGCCCGAGGUGAUGCGCUAGCUCGGCACAACAAAGGCCAAGGAGGCUGCGCGGGUCGGCGCGCGAGUAUGGGCAGCUUUGCCGCAGAUGAUGAAUACGGCGAUGGUGCAACUGGGGCACCCGACGAUAUGGACGGGUUGAUGUACACAGCAGAGCCUGAGCGCAUGGACGAGGAGGACGAGCGACGAUUGACGAUGCCGAGCAUCCGCAAGCAUGAAGCAGACACAGUUCCCCGGUCUGAUUCGAUUCAUUCACGCCAGUCAAACACUUAUCCACCAAUCGCCGCUGGUCGUCCCAGCCACCUCUUCCCACCUCCCCCCAACCAUGGAGGAUCAAGUGUGUCAACAUCAGCCUCGCAAUCUACACACAUGACUUUCCCGCCUGCGGGACUUGCGUCAGGCUCGUCUAUUUUCCCUUCCAACAAUCUCAAUGACAGCCCUAAACCACUGUCCCCGAACGCUCUGUCAUCGCAGCAUGAUAGUGCACCGCCACACCGUGCACACUCUCCUGGUAUAGGCCAGUCUUUACCGCACCCACAGUCCUCUUUUGGGCGCACCAAUCAGUCUUCAAACCAUGCACCCCCUACACUAGGUUUACCCCUGCCGCAGCCAGGCGCCCCCCAGCUGCCGCCGCCGCCGGGCAUGACUUCACCGGAUGCUCGAUUUGGCAUCCAGGCUGCAACCAAGCACACCCCUUCACACAGCCACUCCAGUACUCACAGUCUAUCCCAUGUCAAAGGAUUCGAUGGACCUGAUAACAAUGGCGGUGAUGCCAACCAAAUCGAUAAGCUUUGGGCAUAUGUACGGACGAUGCACGAGGAAUUGACCGGCUUGCGCACGGAGGUUGCCGCCUUGCGGGCGCAUAUUGCGUCGUCCAACUCGGUGCCACCGGCUCCAGUGGAAGUCAAUAUGAACAAUACCGCUCCCCGGUGA